UGUUGGAAUUGCAAAAAUGGGACUUGGAAUUUCUCUAUGCUUGUGAUUGACUAAAAAUGAUGAAUAACGAAACCGUUGCGCGCUGGCUGUUGUUGAACGGGCGGGCUUCAGCGAGGCACGUCAUCAACUCCAACGCUCUAUAAUCCCUUUUGCAAACGAACUGAACGCAGCUCCCCCAACCCCCAACAUAUAUUUCCAGACAUCGUGAUUCUCAACCAAGCAAACUGUCCUCCUUAGUCUCUUUUUCUACACAACACCUAAAAGAACAUUAAUUGCUCCAUCUAAAUGACAGAUUACCUCGGUUACGGUUACAGCGCGCUGAUUCUGGUCGGAGGCGCUGUUGGCUAUUUCAAAGCUGGAAGUCUUGCAUCGUUGAUUUCUGGUGCCGUCUUUGGCCUCGCUGCAGGUGCUGCUUCCUAUCAAGUCUCCAACAAUCCCAAAAACGUCGUGUUCGCUUUAGUCGUCAGCGUGUUGCUGUUGAUCAGCAUGGGCAUUCGCUUCAACAAGACUGGUAAAUUCAUGCCAGCUGGUUUGAUAACAGUGCUAAGUUUGUUGAUGAGUUUGAGAUACGGUUCCAGACUGCUCCAACAAUAAAAAACCCUUUCAUGUUGAUUUGAGCUGACGCCUGGCCUAAAAUCCGACACCGUGGAUACAACAAACACAACACAUACGACGAUUAUACAAUAUUCUAAUCCCCUUCAAUCUCUUUUCAAGAUACAACACUGAUACCUUGUCUUUUGUAAACUUUGUUUUAAUAGAAAUGGAGUUGUAAUCAAAAUGAAA